UUUGGUCAGACUGGCCGUCCUCUGGUGCAGCGUGGUUGUGCAAAUUUCGACUUUAUUCUUAGUUUUGAGUUGUUAAAUUCCCGUAUUCCGCUCGAAGAUGCCCCCGAAAAAGGCUCCGCCAGGUCCUAGCAAGAAGACAGAGCAGAAGAAGAAGGACAAAGUCAUUGAGGACAAAACUUUCGGGCUGAAGAACAAAAAGGGCAACAAGCAGCAAAAGUUCAUCCAGCAAGUGCAGAAGCAGGUGCAAUCCGGUGGACAGCAUCCUCGGCAGGAUGGCGACAAGCGCAAGGAGGAAAAGGACAAGAAGCUGGCUGAACAGCGCGAGAUGGCCCUGCUCUUCAAGCCGGUGCAGACCCAGAAGGUCGACAAGGGCACCGAUCCCAAGUCGGUUGUUUGUGCCUUCUUCAAACAGGGCCUUUGCACCAAGGGUGACAAGUGCAAGUUCUCUCACGAUCUCUCACAGGAGAACAAGGUCGAGAAACGCUCAAUCUACGUGGACAUGCGUGACGAGGACGAUCCGAUGACCAACUGGGACGAUGCCAAGCUCAAGGAGGUGGUUGAGAAGAAGAGCUCCGGUGAAAAGCAGCGUCCCACCACGGAUAUCAUCUGCAAGUUCUUCUUGGAGGCCGUGGAAAAGUCCAAGUACGGUUGGUUCUGGGAAUGCCCUAAUGGCGGCAAGUGCAUCUAUCGGCACGCCUUGCCAGCCGGCUAUGUGCUGAAGCGUGACAAGAAGAAGGAAGAGAAGCCCACGGAAAUCUCGCUGGUCGAUCUGAUUGAGAAGGAGCGCGCUGCUCUGGGCCCCAACCAGACUCGAGUCACCCUGGAGUCCUUCCUUGCCUGGAAGAAGCGCAAAUUGUCUGAGAAAAAGGCCAAGCUGGUCGCCGAGGAGGAGCGCAAGAAGAACGACUUCAGCAAGGGCAAACAGUUCGGCAUAUCGGGUCGUGAGAUGUUCAGCUUCAAUCCCGACCUGGUCGACGAUGGGCCAAUGGAGGAGGGUGAUGCUGCCUUCGAUAUUUACAAGCGCGAGGACGAUGACGACGAUAACGCCGUCGAGUUCAAGGAACUUGAUCUGGCCGCUCUAUCGCUGGCCGCCCAGGAGGUUGACGGCUCGGGCACCAUUGCCUCUACCACUCGACUACUGGAUCAGGCAACGGAAGCAGCAAAAACCGCCGCUGCCGAAGAUGCAGCGGCCGAUGAGGAUGGCGCUUCUUCAUCUGCACCCGCCAACGAUGCUGCCCCCAUCAACAAGGAUCUCUUUGUUGAUCUGGCUGGCGAACUGGAUGAUUUAGAUUUGGAGGAUGAGGACGAUGACUAGUCCUCCGAGUAUUUUGUUUGAGAACGAGUUCAUAAAAUGAUUUCUGCCUUUUAGCUACCUUCAAUUAAUAAAGUUGUGGCUUUCAAUUGUUGCAUUUCUGGAAAUGAA